UUUUGACCCCAUGAUGCCAGGCGAGGGGCGUGGACUUAAAACUGGCACAGAUAAGAAACUGGAAAAUAGAAUUCAUAUCCACCCAAAAUGCUUCUGAUUAGGUGGACGAUGAACAUGUCUGGCGGUCCCCCAGGGGAGGAGCUCACGGAUGAGGAGAAAGAGAUCAUCAACAGUGUACUGGCUCGUGCAGCCAUGAUGGAGAACAUUGAGCAAGAGAGGAUUGGGCGUCUUUCCAGUCGCCUGGAUAAUAUCAAGAAGACAGCGUGUGGUGACGGACAGUCGCAGUGUUUAUUGUGUGGGGCGUCUUUUGGACCACAGGGGGUCACAGCUGUUCUCUGUGUGCAGUGCAAAAAACACAUGUGCAGCAAAUGUGGGAUAUGGAGCAAUAGCAGAACAUGUCCUAUGUGGCUGUGCAGAAUCUGCAACGAAGACCAAGAGGUACAAAAGCGUUCAGGAGCUUGGUUCUUCAAGGGGAGAGACCAGCAGAGUCUGCCUCCUCCCCUCCCUCUAUCCAGACCUCGACAGUCCAGCACAGAGAGCAGUCCUGGUCCAGCAGGCCAAGAUGGCUCACAGGAACCUACAACAUAUCGUCAGCGAUAUGAGCUCAGUGCAGAGCCACAGCAGCAGCAGUCCUGUGGGUCAGAACAAUGGGAGCAGACAGCAAGAACAACAGCUGACAGCUAUAAUGAGGGUCAGUCCUGUCCAGCAGCUGUAAUGAAGACUGAGAGACAUGUGUUAGCUUCCAAACCACCUCGGGCAAACACACAGCAGGUCGCCCCCACCUCAGAAAACAGACACCCAGAGCUGGAAGAGACAGUGUCUCCUCCAGCUGUGGAGGCAAAAAGACAGCCUGUUGUCUCCAGCUCCUUUUCAUCACAUAUUCCUGCAACCAGAAUUAUGCCACCUGUUAAUCCACCAGUCAACGCCCCUGCACCCCCACGCCCCCCACCUGAUCGAACAGAGGAUGAGGACAACGACUACGACUCAGAUGAUGCCACCACUUUAGGAUGUCUGGAGUUCAGUCUCCUUUACGAACAGGAGAACCAUGCUCUACACUGUUGUCUCAUUAAAGCUAAGGGUUUAAAGCCAAUGGACUCAAACGGACUUGCUGACCCGUAUGUGAAGCUGCACCUCUUACCUGGAGCCAGCAAGUCUAACAAGCUUCGCACCAAGACACUUAAAAACACCCUGAAUCCUGUGUGGAAUGAGACACUAGUCUACCACGGUAUCACUGAUGAGGAAAUGUCACGGAAAACUCUCCGGCUUUCAGUAAGCGACGAGGACAAGUUUGGACACAAUGAAUUCAUAGGAGAGACACGAGUUGCCCUGAAGAAAUUGAAGUUCAACCAGAAGAAGAACUUCAGUGUUUGUUUAGAGCGAGUGGUCCAGGUGAAGAAGGCAGUAGGAGGAUCAGUCCGUGGCAUGGCUCUCUAUGAGGAUGACCUGAAUGAAGGUGAUGAUUCAGAGGAGAGAGGUCGUAUCCUGGUAUCGCUGACGUACAACAGUCAGCAAGGUCGGCUGAUCGUGGGCGUGGUCCGCUGUGCUCACCUGGCUGCCAUGGACUCCAACGGAUACUCGGACCCAUUCGUCAAAAUAUGUCUAAAGCCAGAUAUGGGGAAGAAAGCUAAAAACAAGACACAGAUAAAAAAGAAAACUCUCAAUCCAGAGUUUAACGAGGAGUUCGGUUAUGAAAUAAAGCAUGGUGAGUUAGCCAAGAAAACCCUUGACAUCUCAGUCUGGGACUACGACAUGGGAAAAUCCAACGAUUUCAUUGGAGGAUGUCAGUUAGGCAUCCAGGCUAAAGGAGAGUGUUUGAAGCACUGGUACGAAUGCCUCAAGAACAAAGACAAGAAGAUUGAGCGCUGGCAUGUUCUGAAUAUUGUCUUCCAGCGAGCACGGGAAGACGGAUAUUAUCCUCUUGCUUUUAUGUAUGUUUGUCCCAAAGUGCAAUGUGCAAGCGACAACAGUUUUCAGGUGACCAACAUGGAUGUUUGUAAUAAGUGACCACUAAACAACACCAGGAAGCUGUCAUUUUCACAGUUAUCAUAUCAUAAACUGCAUCACAUAAAAAAAUAAACCUUACCUGAAAUGCGGUAAUGUUUGAAUAGAGUUAUUAUCACACUUUAUGGAGCAGAUAAAACCCUUGUAAUUGUGAUUAUCAUUAAGACACUAUGUUGUAAUGAGGUGUGCCUCCACGCUCCCAACAGAGGGAAUUCCCAGUUUUCUGUCUCUGACCUGUUUUUACCCCUGUGUCGCUCUGUGCUCUCGUCAUAUGGGAUCAUGUAAUGUGUUAACAGCUCACUUGUGUUAUUGUGCAUAAUUACUGUGCAUCAUGCAUGUGGGACACUUACAGAUGUUUGGUUGCUAAAACAAUGUGAAAAAAUUCACUUUUUUUGUUGUUGAUGUGAUAUGCAUUUGCUUUUUGACACAGAUAACAUGUAGGUGUCAUUAUCACCACUACAUCACCUUCACCUGUGCAUGUGUGAACACUCUGUCUAUCUUCUGGAGAAAUCCAAAGGCCCAAAAUGCUUCUGCAUGACAUUUUAUUAUGAAGAACAAAUCUUAUUAUGCAACAUAAGCGCAAGUUCCAAAAAAAGUCAUGAAAUCUCCCUCCAGUGGUAUAUUUGAUUGAUAUAUUUCAGUGCAAGGUUAUCAGAGUUGCACAAGCUAAAUAACCAACAUUUUCUGUAUUCAU